GUGAGGCACCAAUAACAUGGGCUAAAUUACCAGCACCUAUUUGCUGCGUCCCCUGCCAGAGCCUGAACUCCCCUGUUUACGGCCCUGGCCUAACAUCCCAUUGAUUCUCCCCCAGCCAUGAUCCCAAAUCCGGCACUUUGAAAACCCUCAUCCUGCUUUUCUCACAAGAUUGUGAGGAUUCACCUGUGGAUUGGAUGGGGACAACAAAGAGGAACAUCUUUUCCUGAGUGGGAUUUAACUGGGUGAAAGCGUCCAAAUAAGAUUACACAAACAAAAUCAAAGAACACGGCUGAAGUACCACCAUGGCUCAGGCAACUAAAGAGUACGUCACUGAAAUAAUAUUUAAUCCGAGGGAAGCUAUUAGAUUAGCAGUUGAUUCAUCUGUGUCUUAUCUGUCAGGAAUAUUUAGUGCCAGUGGAGAUUCAGGAGUCACUGAAAUUGUGAAAUAUGGUGGCACUGCAUUGGAUGAGGCUACAGAAUGGAUCAGAACCCCAGUGAGCUACUUAUUCCACUUAUUUGAAGACAUCUUGGAUGUAGCAAUCAUUUAUCCAGGGGACAUUGCCACUGAAGCAGUUCUGCAAAUUUUAAGUGGGAUCAAGACCAUUUCUUCAACCAUAUUUGGGUACCUUGAAGCUUGGUUUCCCAAAAUGAGCACUGAUCCCGCAGAACUGGCUGAAAUUGUUGUAGAGGACGCCACAGACAUAAAGACCACUGUCUCUAAUUACCUAACCAGUCUGUUUGCAGUGGAUGAAGGUGGUAUUCCUGACAUUAGCUUUGAUCCCAUGAAAGUUGUCACAGACACUGUUGAGGAGUUUGAUGACAGGAGGGAUAUGCUCUUGGUCUAUCUCUCAAACAUGCUCAUGGAAGACAAAGACGACACACCGCAAGUGAUAAGACGAAAAGGAUAAUUUCUGCCCCCUAUGGAAAAAGGAGAAAAACAUCAAAGAUCCAUUCCAUUGGCACAGACGACCAAGAAGCGCACAAGGAUCUUCAUGAAGAGUCUGACAAAGUUCUUGAACAAGUGAAAGAACCCAAAGAGAAAAAAACUAGAGAGGAGAUAUACAAAAUCAUUCAAG